CAUCGCCACUGUUCUUGAGCGUAAGUUGCGAAAUGACCCUUGGAUCUCAUGAUCAUGAUCAUCUGCUAACUACCCUCAGUCGCCUUCCUGGUCGCAGCCGUCCCACCAUUCGACCCUGCCGGAGCGAAGAACGUCGGAAACGGCGCCGGCGGACAGUUCAUCGGCGGCCAAUGCCUCAGCAAUGCUGACUGCGGCAGCGGCUGCUGCGCCAACCCCACGGGUAUCUGCUCGGGUCCGGGAGCCUCCACGCAGAACGGCAAGACUGGUUGUGGUUUUGGUAGCAGCGCUGCUGCCGAACCCGCCGCCUCACCUGCUGCCUCCUCUGUCACCGUUGCGACCACUGCCGCCGCCGAAGACCCUGCCACGGCGCCCACCAGCAAUGUCAACGGCGGCCCGGCUUUCGACCCCGCGGGUGCGAAGAAUGUCGGUAAUGGUCAGGGCAAACAGUUCAUCGGCGGUCAGUGCCUCAGCAGCGCAGACUGUGCCAGCGGCUGCUGUGCUGGUCCAUCAGGUAUCUGCUCGGGCCCAGGCGCAUCGACGCAGGCCGGCAAGACGGGAUGCGGCUUCGUCUCGAACAAGAAGCUCCUCAGGGUUUAAGGAAAGGGAAGGAAGGAUACAUAUGGCAGGAGUAAGCAGGGUCAUUUGAUGAGCAUUUCUCUUGUAUUAUUCCUCAAGGAAUAUUGUGUGGGGUUGAGUUUGAAAGGAUCGUUGCCAUGCUGGUGCAACGCGGGAUAUCCU